ACAUUAUGGGGCUAUCCCUGUGCUUUUUCAACGUGUUGAUUCGCAUGCUCUCGAAACUAGUAGUUCUGCUGCUGUUUCAUCUUGCGGUUGCUAAAUUUGUAUACUCUUUGCAGCAGUUUUCUUGCCGUGAGGAGGAGAGCUCUGCCUUGCUGCAGUUCAAGAAGAGCUUUAUUAUUGACAAAUCUGCUUCAAGUUAUGAUGGUGCUUAUCCAAAGGUUUCUGCAUGGAAACUUGGUGGAGGAGGAAACAGCAGCUGCUGCUCUUGGGACGGCGUCGAGUGUGAUGAAAAGACGGGACAUGUUAUUGGCCUUGAUCUUAGCAGCAGUUAUCUCUACGGCUCUAUCCACUCCAAUAGUAGCCUGUUCCGCCUAGUUCAUCUUCAAAGGUUAAACCUCUCUGAUAAUAACUUCAAUUACUCUCAAAUUCCUAGUAGCAUCAGAAAUUUUCCAAACCUCACUCAGCUUGACCUCUCUGCCUCUGUCUUUGCUGGUCAAGUCCCAUCUGAAGUUUCGCAGUUGUCCAAGUUGACAUCCCUUAAUCUUUGUUGCAAUCUUGAAACAUCUUCUAGUGAGGGAUUGUUGAAACUUCAACCAUCUGAUAUGAGAAGUCUAGUUCACAACUUAACUAGUCUAGAAAUUCUUCAGCUUAGUUUCGUUAGCAUAUCAUCAACGGUACCUGAAUCCUUGGCAAAUUUAACAUUUUUGACAUUCCUUGCUCUCAAGGAAUGUGAUCUAGUUGGUGAGUUCCCAGUGAGAAUUUUCAAUCUACCAAAUUUAAAAAGUCUUAGUGUUAGAUACAACCAAGAUCUCACUGGAUAUUUUCCUGAAUUUAAUCGAAGUAGUCCUCUUGUCUUACUAAAAGUUGCCUUUACUGGUUUUUACGGAAUAAUACCUUCUUCGAUUGAAAAGCUUAAUUUAUUGCAAGAGUUGGAUGUGGCUCAAUGCAAUUUUUCGGAAGGGUUGAUUCCAUCCGCACUUGGUAAUCUUAGACAACUCACUUAUCUAGACGUUGCAGCAAACAAAUUUGUAGGUUCAAUUCCUGAUUCCUUGGCAAACCUUACCAAAUUGACUGUGUGUAGGAUCAAUUCUAAUCCAUUGACUGGUCCAAUCCCAUCUUGGCUGGGUAACUUUACCAAACUAAUUUACCUAGACCUUUCUUUUAAUAGUUUGAAUGGUUCCAUUCCUACCUCAUUCUCCAAUCUCUUGAAUCUUGAGCUCCUUUAUCUACAUGGAAAUCGCCUGAGCGGUGUAGUAAAGUUAGAAAUGUUUCAAAAGCUACAAAAUCUCUAUGAACUCCAACUGAAUUGGAACAAUUUGGAAUUCGUCACCGAAUCCAAAAUUACGAAUACAACUGUUCAACAGUUCACCGUUCUAAGUUUGAGUGCAUGCAACAUAAGAGAGUUCCCAUCUUUCCUGAGAUAUCAAACAAAUUUGGAGCGGUUAGACCUGUCUAGAAACAAACUCCAUGGCCAAGUUCCCAAAUGGAUGUGGAACAUAAGCACAGAGACUUUGGUAUACAUGGACAUUUCUGAAAACUUCCUUUCUGACCAACUUCCAUUUUUUCUUCCUUGGGUUAACUUGCUAUGCUUAAGGCUCUCGUCCAACAUGUUUCAUGGACCGGUACCGAUCCCUCCACCAUCCAUGCUAGAAUACAGAGUUCCUGAGAACAACUUUAGUGGAGAAAUCUCACCGUUGCUUUGCCAUAUGAGUUCUCUUCGGUACCUCGACUUAUCAAAAAAUAACUUGAGUGGCACGCUUCCUCAGUGUCUUGGAAACUUCAGUGAUGGUCUAAUCCUUUUGCUUCUUAGAAGAAACUCCUUUCAUGGUAUUGUUCCACAAUCAUACAGCAACAGAAGCAGUUUGAGGAUGAUUGAUGUUAGCCACAACCAAUUGCAGGGGAGAUUGCCAAGAUCAUUGGCCAAUUGUCUGAUGCUCGAGUAUCUUGUUCUGUCAAACAACCAAUUCAGUGAUGCUUUUCCCAUUUGGUUGGGGACUCUUCCUGAGUUAAAACUUCUGGCGAUGCGCCAGAAUGCAUUCAGUGGCGUCAUAGGAAAUUCUAGAAAGAAUCUUGAUUUCCCCAAGUUGCGCAUUGUUGACUUGUCUUACAAUAAUUUCACCGGCGAAAUUCCAUCUGUGUUUCCUACAGUACCGUAA